UCGGUAAAGUCAGUCGAGUGUGUGAUCAAGAUUGCCCACUGCCACAUGCACGCACGCCCCUUCCAACAAAACAAUUCGAUUAUCUACUUCAUGCAAGCGUCUCCCAGUCAUCGUGUGUUGUCUUUUCCACGGCGCGCGACAUUGCGGAAGUCUCGCAGCCAAAACCAGAAGCGGCGACCCGCGACCACAGGAGUGUUUUGCCUUCACAGCUGUAGAUUUUUCCAUCCGUAGAGAAAAACAUGUAUGAAAUAGUUAGAAAACUGUUUUUUACGGACUGCCAUUGCGCAUCGGACGCCUCCAAAACUUACGAGGAGUUGUUCGCCAAACUCGACACAAACAAGGAUGGAAAAGUGGAUGUGUCUGAACUGAAGGCAGGCCUGGCUGCAAUGGGCAUCCGGACCGGGAAAGGAGCAGCUCAGAAAAUAGUUUCCUCCGGAGACCAGGACCAAGAUGCAGGACUCGACUUUAACGAAUUCUCCAAGUACCUGAAGGAACACGAAAAGAAGUUACAACUCACAUUCAAGAGCUUAGACAAAAACAAUGAUGGCCAAAUAGAUUUCACGGAGAUCAAACAGUCUCUUGCAGAUCUUGGGCUGAACAUCAGCAAGGAGGAAGCAGAGAAGAUCCUUAAAAGUAUUGAUGGAGAUGGCACCAUGACAGUGGACUGGAAUGAAUGGAGGGAGCAUUUCCUGUUGACCACAGCUACAAACCUUGAGGAAAUUGUCCGAUAUUGGAAACACACAACGGUGCUGGACAUUGGGGAUAGCUUAACCAUCCCAGAUGAGUUUACUGAAGAGGAGAAGACCACGGGUUUAUGGUGGAAGCAGCUUUCUGCAGGGGCAAUGGCAGGAGCAGUGUCCCGAACCGGCACUGCCCCCCUGGACAGAAUGAAAGUGUUCAUGCAGGUUCACGCUUCCAAGAAUAACCAAAUCAACCUGGUCAGCGGGUUCAAGCAAAUGCUGAAAGAAGGAGGCUUGGCAUCUUUAUGGCGAGGAAAUGGUAUUAAUGUACUGAAGAUAGCCCCUGAAACUGCCAUUAAAUUCAUGGCCUAUGAGAAGUAUAAGAAGAUGAUGGCUAGCGAACCUGGGAAGAUCAAGACACAUGAGAGGUUCAUUGCUGGAUCGCUUGCUGGCGCAACAGCACAAACCGCCAUCUACCCCAUGGAGGUGAUGAAGACCAGGCUCACCCUGAGGAAGACAGGACAAUACUCAGGAAUGUUUGACUGUGCUAAGAAAAUCCUGAAAAAGGAAGGCGUUAAGGCAUUCUACAAGGGCUAUGUUCCUAAUAUUCUGGGCAUCAUUCCCUAUGCCGGAAUAGACCUGGCUGUUUAUGAAAGUUUAAAGAACUUGUGGUUGUCCCGCUAUGCCAAAGACACAGCCAACCCGGGUGUACUUGUGCUGCUGGGCUGUGGUACCAUCUCCAGUACUUGUGGCCAACUGGCCAGCUACCCCUUGGCUCUGGUCCGCACAAGGAUGCAGGCACAAGCUUCUGUUGACGGUGCUGAGCAGCUGCAGAUGAACCAGAUGGUGAAGAAGAUUCUAGAGAAAGAAGGAUUCUUUGGACUUUAUCGUGGCAUCUUGCCCAAUUUCAUGAAGGUGCUGCCAGCUGUCAGCAUCAGCUAUGUCGUGUAUGAAUACAUGCGGUCAGGUUUGGGUAUACAGAAAUAGGACAAGCAUAGAGCUUGCUGUCAUUUUCAUGUUAUUAAAUAGGGAAAGUAUAAAAUGCAUUAAAAAAAUGGACUGUAAGCAGAGGUAAUGUACACAACAAAAUGUCAUUUGGAAAUGGCACUUUAACCCUGGCAUCCUUUCUUUAGUCCAAGUAAUACUGAACAUACUGCAUUUUAAGUAAAUAUUUUAUAUUGAGUAAAUUCAGAUUUGAUUUUGAUUCCCAAAGAACCAAAAGCAGCAACAAAGAGAUGCAUUUCUAGUGGAUGCUGCUUGACCUAAUUAUCUUUAAUGAGCAGGAAUCUACUCACCUCCAUACUCACACUAUGGAAAUUAUAAAGGCCUCAAUUACACCAACAUGCAUGUUCAUGAAAUUAGUACAGUAAACACAAAUGGUAAAUGGAGAGUUCUUAUAUAGUGCACUCUGCAUAACAGGCAUAACCUGAACACUGUACCAGGCAGGUUCAUCAAUGGGGUGCAUAUACGUAGCAUUGUUGGCCCAUAUACUUUUCCUAAUGCUGAUCAGCACUUAGAGUAGAUCUCAGAAAGGCAAAAAGGAGUAUAUUGAUCAUUGCACACAUACAGUACUACGAAAAAAGGAAUACAAUCAGUACAAGUAAAUUCAUUCAUAUGUAACUUACUAAUGAAAUGAAAUGAAAAUCUAAUGUUAUGAUUAAGCCAAAGCAAUGUAAUGGCAAUAUUGACGUACUUUUUAUUCAUGGAUUGUUGUAUACACAACUAUGGAUGACCAUUUACUCACCUCUUAAGAGAGCGGCAUUUUGCCUCACAAAAAAGCACCUUGUCUGAAAAUGCCAUUAUUUUUUUGCUGGGAAUUUUCCCUGUUGUAAUGUUAAAAUUCCAGCCUUUAUUAUGCCUCACACUUGUGUCCUAAAAUACUGUGUAAAAUAUGACAAGUAUUUUUAAGUGGAAAUUUCCCUGAAGAGUCAAGCAUCUUUUCAUGUACAGGUUUGUCCGUCACUGUAUUGUGCUAGUCCAUGAAGGCUCCUUACAAAAUCAUUGUGGAAGCAUGUGCCUUAUGUUUUUCUUCCCACAAGUUUGCCUUUAUCUCCUUUUAUUUGAGAAUUAGACGUCCGUGUUUACAUUAAUAAAGACA